AUGUUGUUCCGCUCACGGCUCUCCCAUCCCGUGUCCGUGCUAUUGGGCACUAACCUUCGCCAAAUGCGAGCUUCAUCAAGUUUACCUUUAGACCCACCAUCCCCUGACGAAGAGACCAAGAUAUUCCACGCUCGGUGCGCGGAAGUCGAGAGCUUCUUCAAGUCGCCGCGGUUUGCGGGCAUCAAGCGUCCAUACACAGCCAAAGAUGUAGUCUCUAAGCAAGGGUCAUUUCCUCCAGUACCUCUACCGGGCUCGUUGCUUUCUGACAAACUCUUUGCCUUGUUCGCGCGUGCAGCCAAGGAGAAGAGACCAGUUCAUACCAUGGGUGCAAUUGAUCCCGUACAAGUGACCCAGAUGGCGCGGUACCAGGAAGUUGUCUACGUCUCCGGGUGGGCUGCCUCGAGCGUGCUGACGACGGCGAAUAACGAAGUAGGGCCGGAUCUCUCUGAUUAUCCAUAUACGACUGUCCCGAACCAAGUCCACCGACUGUUCCGGGCUCAGCAAUUACAUGAUAGAAAGCAUUAUGACGAGCGUAUGACGGCCACUCCUGAAGCGAGGAAAAGUAUGGAACAGAUUGAUUAUCUGAGGCCGAUAAUUGCGGACGCGGACACUGGUCACGGUGGCAUCUCGUCUGUCAUGAAGCUGGCCAAGAUUUUUGCUGAAUCGGGCGCGUCCGGUAUCCACCUUGAAGACCAGCUGCAUGGCGGAAAGAAAUGUGGCCAUCAAGCUGGGAAAGUCAUUGUCCCGACUUCCACUCAUAUAACCCGUCUCAUUGCAUCACGCUUCCAAUUAGACGUGAUCGGAUCCACCAUGCACUUGAUCGCACGAACAGACUCGGAGUCUGCCAAGCUCAUCUCCUCUACUGUUGACAAAAACGACCAUGAGUUUAUAUUGGGAACCAUGGUCGAGGGUACUCCGCUGGCUGAAGUCCUCGACGAAGCAGAGGCUCAAGGAAAGAGUGGUCCAGCAGUCGAUAACUUGGAAAAGGAAUGGCUCGAGAAGCACCCGCUUGUCACAUUUGAUCAAGCUGUAGAGAUUGAGAUCAACUCCUCCCAAAUUGCGGACAAGGCUUCUGCCCUCAGUGAAUAUAAGAGGCUUUCCUCUGGCAGGUCAAACCUUCAAGCUCGCCAGGCGGCGAAGCAUGUUCUUGGAACCGAUGUCCGGUGGAGUUGGGACUUGCCCAAGACCCGUGAAGGCUACUACCAUUUCAAGGGUGGUGUCGAAGCCGCGAUCAAACGUUCCAACUUGUUUGCACCAUAUGCAGAUCUGCUUUGGCUGGAAACCAAAAAGCCAGACUUGGAGCAGGCAACUGGUUUCGCUAGACGCAUCCGGGAGGUCCAUCCCGGAAAAAUGCUAGUGUACAACUUGAGCCCAAGCUUCAACUGGUCCGCCCAUGGUUUCACGGACGAUAAACUCAAGUCAUUCGUCUGGGACCUUGCCAAAGAAGGCUUUGUCUUCCAAUUGAUAUCCCUUGCCGGAAUUCAUAGUACUGCUACAGUAACUGUCGAGCUCGCUCGUCGAUUCCAAUCCGACGGCAUGCUGGCAUAUGUCGAACUAAUCCAAAGGAAAGAAAAAGAGUUGGAGUGUGACGUCCUGACGCACCAAAAAUGGAGCGGGGCUGGCUACAUUGAUCGCAUGCUCUCCACUGUAAUGUCCGGCUCUUCGAGUACCUCUGGUAUGGGCGCGGACUCGACAGAGCACACCUUUUAA